GCGCAGUACCUGCCCGCCUCCAGCCGCCGGGAUCCCAGAGGAUGCAAACGCCGGGGCCAGCUAUGAGGAUGGAGGCCGGCGAGGGAGCGCCGCCGGCGGGGGCGGGCGGCCGCGCGGCGGGCAGCUGGGGCAAGUGGGUGCGGCUCAACGUGGGGGGUACGGUGUUCCUGACCACCCGGCAGACGUUGUGCCGGGAGCAGAAGUCCUUCCUCAGCCGCCUGUGCCAGGGGGAAGAGCUGCAGUCGGACCGGGAUGAGACUGGGGCCUACCUCAUUGACCGUGACCCCACCUACUUCGGGCCUAUCCUGAACUUCCUGCGGCAUGGCAAGCUGGUGCUGGACAAGGAUAUGGCUGAGGAGGGGGUCCUGGAAGAAGCGGAGUUCUACAACAUCGGCCCGCUGAUCCGCAUCAUCAAAGACCGGAUGGAGGAGAAGGACUACACCGUCACGCAGGUCCCGCCCAAGCAUGUGUACCGUGUGCUGCAGUGUCAGGAGGAAGAGCUCACGCAGAUGGUCUCCACCAUGUCUGACGGCUGGCGCUUUGAGCAGCUGGUGAAUAUUGGCUCCUCCUACAACUACGGCAGCGAGGACCAGGCGGAGUUCCUGUGUGUGGUGUCUAAGGAGCUCCACAGCUCCCCACACGGGCUGAGCUCCGACUCGAGCCGCAAAACCAAGAGCACGGAGGAGCAGCUGGAGGAGGAACAGCAGCAGGAGGAGGUGGAGGUGGAACAGGUGCAGGUGGAGGCAGAUACACAGGAGAAAGCCCAGUCAUCUCAGGAUCCCGCUAACCUUUUCUCCCUCCCACCACCGCCUGCUCCUCCUCCGCUUCCCGCUGGAGGUCCUGCCUCAUCUUCAUGCACCUCUUCCUCCUGGAUCUCAUCUGCACCCUGCCUCUUCCCUCUCUGCCCCUGUCCGGGCUUUCUCUCUGCCUGCUCACACCUCCAUCCCGGGGCCACCCUGGUCCCAGUCCCCCGUGCCCUCCACCUGGGCGCCCCGGCCCUGCAUCUCAGAGCAUCCUGCCUGCCGCCUCCUGCACCCCUUCUGGCAGCUCCUGCCUCCCGGCCUGGGGAGGAGGGGUGUCCCUGCACCUCGGGGCCCACUGGCCCCGCCGGGCACCUCUGAGGCUGGGCCACCCGACCCCGGCACCUCACCUCCUCGCCUCCUCCUCACGUUUCCUCCUUGCAGGUUCCUGUCUGCACCCCUCAGACCUGAGGCUGCGCUUACAAUGAGGGCCUCUCCUCGGCCCCUCGCUCGCCCCCAGAGCUGCCAUCCCUGGUUUGUAGCUUGGCAGAGCUGGAGGGAGGGGCGGAAGCCAGGAGGGUGCUCAUCUCUUGUUCCUUGGACUUGAACCAAACUUUCGGCCGAUUUUCUCCCCUCACCAGCUUCUCAGCCUAUCUUGGCCUUGGGUGUGAGGCUCUGAGAGGAGAAGAAAGUUGGGGGGCGGAAACUUCUACCUGCCCGUCAGCACCAGAGCUGGGCUGGGAGGGAGGGGAGGGAGAUGAGCCAGAGGUCUUGGCCUCAGCCCGGCACAUAGGAGUUCCUGCAUCACAGCCCCAUGGCACUGGGUUCUCUGUUUCCGUGUGGGUGGAAAGGACAGGCCAUACUUGGAUUCCCUUGGUCUAUCAGAGUGGGCCGCAGCCGGCUAAGGAUGGGGGUGGGGCAGCAAAAGCCCUAGCUCGGUGCCUACAGCCCACUCCACCUUGCCUGCCUGCUGUGUGACCUUGGGCAGGUCACUGUCUCUUUCUAAAAUGUUAGUUGUCUCUAAAAUGGGAACAGAUAGCUGCUGCCUGUGACCUGCCUCUCUUGGCCUUGACCCCCACCCCUGUCUCCAGGCCAGAGUCUUGACAGAAUCUGGCCUACUAGGCAGCCACCGCCCAACCCAGGAUGGGGCGACGGGCUCUGUGACAGGCAAGCUGGGUCUCCUUCCUGCUCCCCUGCCUCCUGGGUUCCGAGUCCACCUUCUCUGGGCCUCAGCCCCUCUCCCUCCUCCCAGAAGGGACCCUGUGACUCACCUACCUCUUUCUCUCUCCCCGUCUCCCCCACCCUUCCCUUCCUCCAUUUCGAUCUCCUCUCUGCCCUCUCCUGGUCCCACAUCACCCCUCCUCACCGGACCUGCCCCCCUCACCCCUUCCCGGUGUUUUGACCACC